AAUUCAAUACAGCAGCAGAGCGGGUUGGUAUUGAUAAAAAAGUUACAUUUAUUGAUGUUAGGAUCCUAUACAACAAGACAGAUGAUACUUACUACUCUGUAGAAAAAUAUAUCGAUAAUACAAAAUUUAAAAAGUUCAACGCGAAUAAUGGUUUAAUUACAGAAUUUCAUUCUAUUCUCGAGGCAUUUGCUCAUUUCACGUAUAAAUACAGUGAAGAAUAUUUGGUAGUUUAUGAUUUACAAGGUGUUGAUCUCCAUAAUGAGUUCAUGUUAACAGAUCCUGCCAUACAUUGUGUUGAUUCGUUAAGAUUUGGAAAAACAAACUUAGGAAAGAAUGGAAUUAAAAAAUGCUUUUUGGCAAAACAUAAAUGCAAUGAUAUUUGCAAGAAGUUAAACUUAA